AUGAGCAUCAAUUCCCUUCCCUUGGAGAUACUUGGUGUCAUUUUCUACGAGUAUGUGCGCAGCGCGUACUUGCGCCACAGGAAAAUAAUUUGGGCACCAGUCAGAAUUUCGAGCGUUUGCCGACGAUGGCGCGAUGCAGCCCUCUCACUUGGUGUGAUCUGGGCCUAUCUGGACUAUGAUUUUUCUUACAGGCCACGGAAAAGCCUGUUAGAAAGUCUCGAUACACUUCUUCACAGAUCUAACGGAGCACCACUCAAUUUCUCGUUCACUUGCAACCUUAAACACCGGCCAUUCCCAGAGGACAACGAAGUAGCCGAGCGAGCCGUCUUGAUGUUGCUCUCCCACCAGUGGCAUUGGGAGAAAGUCAGAUUCAACUGGCGAUUCAUGACAUCUACCAGCUUCCCAGGUAUAUGGCUUACAAACAUGCCCAAAUUGACAUCGCUUGACUUGUACAUCAAGCUUGAUGAUGGUUUGUAUGAAGGAGGCGGACGUAUCGAUUUUUCGCAGUCUUCGAGACUUGAAUAUCUACGCCUCAAUUGUCCGAUUCAUCUAGGCAUUGGGGACAAGCCAUUGUUCUUUCCAGUGGCAGCAACGAUCGAUCUCGACCUGCAUGGCCAUUUCUCAACACCUGCCACUGUGUCGCAAUGCCUGGAUGUCAUUGAGGCGGCUCCGAAUCUGAGGAAAUUUCGGACUUCCUCCUGUACGGUCAACGAAGCAGUGAAUUACGAGGAACGUCCUAUCACCUCGAACAACCUCCAAAUCCUUGUAAUGCGGGGUGGCAAUGCUUCACUCGUAAUCAAUAAAUUGGAUCUUCCUGCCUUGACGGUUUUGACAUGCAGAGACGGCUGCUCUGGUAGUGCAGGCGAACAUCUCAUAUCGUUUGUCAGACGCUCAUUGCCACCAUUAACCCAUUUGAGUGUCGGUGGCAACUGUGCUGACGAAGCUACGGUUAUGCACAUCCUCCCGCUUCUGCCCCUACUUCGGGUGCUUGAUAUGGAUCCCUGUACUGUUUCAGCACGGCUUUUUCAACUCCUUUCUGUUCCAAAUAGCACUACUGCGGGGAGUUGCAUUCACGAUACACACAACCAGAUUGUGUGUCCUGAUCUGGGAUGGGUUUGCUUCUUCAACUAUUCCGUCGUGGGGGGAGCACGUGAGUGUGCCGAUGCAUUAUGCGCUAUGUUAGAUUCGCGCUGGGAUGUUUUGAAGUUUGACGGCCAUUUGGUCAAGAUUGGCAAGCCGGUUUCUGAAACCGAUUGCGAAAGGAUUCAACAUCUUAUUUGGAACACAGAGAACUUUUGUACUGGCGAGGACAGGGACGAAAGGGACGAGGUCUUUCCAAGUCUUAAGCUUCCAGAGCUCCGGUAG